UCCUCAGGCACUCUUGUCCUCGAGGCCAGAGUGACUUAGGAUUAUAGCAUGGAGUGUCAGAGGUGGGGGGGGCAGGCCCCCCCAUUGUGAGGUCCAGAUGGAAUACUCAUCUCAGACUGACCCCAGUCCCAGGUGCUCUCCUCUUCCUCAUCUUUCCUGUCUACCAGAGUCUGCCCACUGGAAUCUGGUCUGAAACUGAACUUUACCCUCCUCUUCCUGACCUGUGUGGAAAGGUCGAGAGAACGUGACCACAGAGCCAGUGGAGAUCCUGAGGAUCAGCUUCCAUUGGCUCCCAAGAUCAGGCCCACGGAGUUCUCCAUAGACAGCACUAAGAAAAGAGAGUACCAAGGACUCAGCCUCUUGAAACCAGUCGAGGAAGAUGGUCUCGGGUUCUUGUUUGGAAGUCCGAGCAGAGGAGUGCAGCUACUUGUAUGUCUUUGACUGAAAACGGUUCUCCUCUGGGAGAAUGUUGUCUUCUACCAAGCGGACCGCUUCCAGAGGCAUACACAGGGAGAAGUGAGGGAGGAAGGAGAUGCUCAUCUACCCAUCCAGAUCGGCCAUGUCAACCCUGGCAAUCAUGGAGUAACAGAGGGUACUGUCGGAUCACCAUCACAUCUCACUUCACAUUCUUGAAACGUGGGAGCAGAAACCCAGGUGCAAAAGGACCACGAAGGAUGGGAGAAGGGGACCCGUGUCAGGAAUGGAAAUGCCCGAGCUAUGGGGAGCCUGGUACUUGGAUACGGGACACCCUGGGCCGAUAGUCGGGUGAAAGUAUGGGCCAGAAGAAAGUAUGGGCCAACGUCCCAGCAUCCAAGACAGAGUUUCCUCAGGAGAUGGAAACCCAGGCAUGCCCAAUAUCAAAAGGAAGGGCACCCUGCCCAGGAAGGCAGAACAAAGAGUAUUUAUCAACAAACAGUCAUCAAAUGCCUAUACCAGGUUGCACCCCUUGUGGUAGCCUGAGAACUCCAGGGAGGUACAACAUCAGCACUGUCUAUCCAAUGGAAAGCAUUGAGGGGCUAAUCUCACAGAUGCAAGAUAAGUGGUGUGACCUCGAACUCAUCUGCCGGGGAAGUCCAGAGGCAGCAAUUAGCUAGUGGAGUAAAGAAACAUUGCAAAAGAGGCAAAGUUGAAAUCAAAAUUGGCCAGACCUUGUCAGGACAUUUCAGGCUGAGGUAAGGCAAGGCACAGGCCUGGAGGCACAGAGAGCUGAACCUGUUAGAGCAGAGGGCAAGGAGGAGGGCGCAGUCUCUGACCUCACAAUACCCAGGGCCCACUAGGCUAGCCUUGCAGACUCUGGUGCCCUUUUCCAGCCCGGGCAAGGCCCGGGGCCCUGGGCAGCCUCCAGGUGCAGUGCCCUCCCUUGGGCCGCACCCUCUCCACUGCCCUGGGGCAUGUCUCUACUUACAAAUUAUGAGGGGCUUCGGCAUCAGAUAGAGAGGUUGGUGCGGGAAAACGAGGAACUGAAGAAGCUGGUACGGCUCAUUCGGGAGAAUCACGAGCUCAAGUCUGCGAUCAAGACUCAGGCAGGUGGCCUCGGCAUCAGCGGGUUCACCAACGGGCUUGGUGAGGCAGCGGCAGGCCCUUCCCAACACCAGGGUGUAUUCCUGCCCCCAUCCCCAGCAGCAGCAAAGGAGCCGGGCGUGGAAGACAUGGGAAUGGUGGCCCUGGCCCCUCUGGCUGACAUGCUGAACAGCCCACAGCUCAGUUCUGCAGCAGGCUCCCUUAUCAACCCCCUGGCGGCCCCUCUCAACCCGCUGCUCUCCGGCCAAAUGCCCUUGGCGCAGAACAGUCAGUUCGCCAGUCUCGUGUCGUGCCCCCUGAGCAGCCACCUGACCAGUCCCCUUGCCGUCUCCCCAGGGGCCACCUUGGCCAGCUCUCUGGGCUUACCCGCGACUGGACCCCUGGGCAGUCACUUGGGCAGUCCCAUGGCUGUCCCCCCUGGGACCAGUCUGGCCAGCUCACUGGGCCUGACCUCCACUGGCUCCCUGACGACCAACAGCCGGCUGGCAGGCCCCCUGGCUGUAUCUCAGAGCAGCCCCCUCAUGGCGCCCCUGGCAGGCACGGUGGCAGUCUCUCUGAGCAGCCCCCUCCUCUCCUCCACGGCUACCCCUCUAGGUGUUUCUCAGAACAUUCUGCCCAACCCCAUAAACAACCUAGCGCUGUCAGAGGCCCCAAGGGUGCGGCUAGCGGAGCCAACCCGAGGAAGCCUCUCCGGAGCCUCAGCCGGUGCAGGGCCAGCCACCGCCUCCAAAGUCACCGGUGAGCACCCCCAGCCGACCCAGGACUCAGAGCCCCUCAACAUGAUGUUUGUGGGUGCACCCCUCCAGACCUCCACCCCCAUGAGCACCAUGGCCACAUCCGGUCCCACAACAAAUUUCUAUGCCGCCACGGAUACCCGGACCCAAACUGGUGUGCUCCAGGGACAAAUUACCCUCACCUCUGUCCCAAACUCCCCAACAGGCUCUCCUGCCUGCACAGUCCCCAACUCUUCCCCGACACCUGCCCCCCAAGGAGCUGGAAACUAUUCCCCUUCAAGAAACUCCCCCACCAGGGCGCACCAGUCCCCGACCCGGCCCGUGCCCAACCCCCAUUCUCCUCCACGCAACCCCCACUCCCCGCCCCGCACCUCAUCCUCUCCGGCUUCAGUCAAUGACACCCGCGGUUCACGCGCCGUGGAACAGUCUCGGAAGAGUAUCCUGGAGAUAGAGCGGAAGAUGGCCCACCGCAAAUGUAACAAGUUCCCUGACAGUCCCCGAGACUCAAAGCAACUAGCCUGGGAGAGGCUGGUGGGGGAGAUCGCCUUCCAGCUAGACCGAAGAAUCCUGUCCAGCAUCUUCCCAGAGCGCGUGCGCCUCUAUGGCUUCACUGUCUCCAACAUUCCAGAGAAGAUCAUCCAGGCCUCCCUAAACCCCAGUAACCACAAGCUGGAUGAGGACCUAUGCCAGACACUCACACAGCGCUAUGUGAGCAUCAUGAACAGACUGCAGAGUCUGGGCUACAAUGGACGGGUGCAUCCGGCGCUGACGGAGCAGCUGGUGAACGCAUACGGCAUCUUGCGCGAGCGGCCUGAGCUGGCAGCGUCUGAAGGCGGCUCCUACACUGUGGACUUCUUGCAGCGUGUGCUGGUGGAAACAGUGCACCCCAGCAUGCUCACUGAUGCUCUCCUGCUGCUCUCCUGCCUUAACCAGCUGGCCCAUGAUGACGGCAAACCCAUGUUCAUCUGGUAACUGGGGUGCCCGGCUGGGCCCAGGCUCACUUCGCCCUGCAGGCCAUUGUAGAUGGCCAUUAAAGUUUCCCACAGACACGA